AUGAAAGAAGGGAACAUUGGCUCUAUUAGAACAUUUACUCAUGGUGAAAAAGAUCCAACAAAGACAAACAAAACCAUCUUGCUUGUUGGUGAAACAGGUGCAGGAAAAUCCACUCUGAUCAACGCUCUGGUUAACUACGCCAUGGGGGUGGAGUUCAAGGACAAUGACUGGUAUCAGAUCGUACAGGAAGGGAAGAAGAGUCAAACAGGAAGUCAGACGCCAGACGUGAUCGUGUAUGAGGUCUUUGGUCUUGAAGACGGAACUCUGCCUUUCUCUCUGACCAUCAUCGAUACUCCCGGAUAUGGUGACACCAGAGGGAUUGAGAGAGAUGUCCUCGUCAGCGAAAGAUUGUUGGACUUGUUCCGCUCAACAGAAGGAGUUCAUGAGAUCGAUGCAGUGUGUCUGGUGCUGAAAGCGAGUGACUGUCGACUGAGUGACCGACUGAUGUACGUCUUUGAUUCAGUGGUGUCUCUGUUUGGAAAAGACAUAGAGAAGAACAUCGUUGCCCUCCUCACACACUCACACUUUUUUAGCUCUGAUAACGUUCUAGAAGCUCUGAAAGAUGUGAAUAUCAUGUGUGCAAAAGACAAGGAGGGUCAGCCUGUUCAUUUCAUGUUUGAUAACGCCCAUAAAACAGAGAAAAACCUGGCAGCCUGCAUCCACAACAUACUGGGGAGGAUUGAGUUCAUUGACCUGAAACAGAGAGAGAUCAAACGGACUCAGGAAGCUCUGAAGAAACACGAACAAGACAUGAAGAAUAACAAGGACUUCACAAUAGAAGUUGAUGAAGUCUAUAAAUGUAAAGUACCUAUUAGUGAGUGGAGAUGGUGGGCAUUAGGGUUAAACUAUGGAGGAGCUGUCUGCUGUGAAGUCUGUAAGGAGAACUGUCACCAUCCAUGCACACUGGCCUGGUAUCCAAGUCAGUGUGAGGUCAUGCAAAACAGAGGAAAUGAGCUCUACUGCACGGUGUGUACUGGGAAGUGUCAUGAAUCCAAACACGUGAAAACAGAACAAUGCACUGAAUGUGAGGAUGAGUGCAGUGAUCCAAAUCAUCCAAAAACACCCUGGAGAUAUGUGAGCAAGACAAGGAGAGUUAAGAAGGACAUACAUCAGAUGAAAGACAUGUAUGAGAAGGGUAAAGAAGACAGUGAGGAGUCAGUGAGCCUCUUGGAAACCCUCCAGAAGAACAUAGAAGACCUCCAAAAAGAAAAAGAUCAGUUUCUGGAAGAGUCUUUCCAACAUGUGGUGGAACUGGAGAAGAUCGCUCUGAAUGUUGUUUCCCUCUCCACUCAUGUCCACCUGGACUUCCUGAUUGAGAAGAUGAAGGAGAAGGGAGACACAGAGAAGGUCAAGAAACUGGAGGAGAUGAAAAGUCAAAUGGAUCAAAAUCCAAGAGCCAAAUCAGCGCUGAGCUACAUGUCUGGUAAAACAGCAGCUUUUGGUAAAGCAGCUAUGGAUCUCCUCAGAGGAAACACAGCUGAGCAGAAAACAAGCUCUACACUUUGA